AUGGAUAUACUCAAAAAUCGCUAUUUGGCAAUUCACUCUACAAAGCAUUAUACGCAGAUCUCGCCCGAAGAGGUUAUCACACUAUGGACUCAGCUGAAAGCAUUUCUUGGGGCUAGUGAUAGCUCAAUGACUGAGAUUGAGUACAUGUCUAUGACUCACAUGUUAUUCGACCUCUCAAUCUAUGUGAGCAAAGAUGUGGAGGCGGAGACAAUAUACAACACUUUUCGAGACCGGUUUGGUGCUAAUUCACCUUACUUAUUCGUCAUGCGAGCAUCAUUAAUGCAAGUGAACGAGGGUGAUCGCAAGGCCGAGGACUACCUCACUAAACUUCUGAGCGAAUACCUAGAACUCGAAACAGAUAUAGUAGGAUACCCUUUAGUGAGCAAGAAAUUGCUGGCGGUACAGCGGAAAUCGUUACCUAGAGAGAAGUAUAUGGCCAAAUUGCUGGAUUUGACUGAGAAGUUUCCCGUGGACGCGGAAAUAUGGUACGCUCUCGCAUUAGAGUACGCUACUUUGGGACAACUCGAAGAGGCAGCGUAUUGCUUGGAAGAAGUGCUGUGCAUCUCUCCCUUUAACUAUAUCGUCUUUGCACACCUCAGCGAAUUGCUCUAUUAUAGAGCUUCAAAAGAUUCCAAAAAUAGGGAAGCUUUGCUGCAACAAUCGCUUAAUAAUGCACUAAGAAGUGUAGAGCUUUCUGAAACUUUUGUCAAAGGAUGGGCUUUUGCUGGGAUGACCUCCAAACUAUUGAGUAAAUCUAAACUAUUAACGCUUUCGAAAGUAAAAUUGGAAGAAAUUACACGAAGAGGCAACGAAACCGACAAGGCUACAGCAAAAAAAAUUUUGGUUCAUUUAUAG